AUGGCACCUCAUGAGAAAUUAUUUAUACAAGUGCUGCAGAAGGCGAGGUUAGAACCAAGGAAGGUUAUGCAGAUUUUUAUUGCCAUGGGGAAACCGAGGCGAGAAAUUAUGUUCGACACGAUUGACAUAAGCAACAUUGCAUGCCGGGACAGGGCUGGAGAGCGCGGCACUGAUAUCGCAGACACCAUGAAACUGUUUGCCGAUAUGCAGAGGCGGAGGCCGGGAUUCCACCAUGUGGAAGAGACAGAGAACAAUGUAGUGUGCAGCCUGUUCUGGACAGACUCCUUGUGUAAGAUGAAUUAUGAGCUAUAUGGAGAUUUUGUGUCUUUUGACACGACAUUCUCUACGAAUAUAUAUGGCUUGACAUUUGCACCAAUUAUAGGUGUCGACAACCAUGGGUCGACCGUCCUGUUUGGAGUAGGUCUUUUGAAGGAUGAGAAAAUAGGGUCAUUCAAGUGGCUCCUAAGCACGUUUGUCGAGGCAAUGGGAGGUAAAGAGCCGAAAUACAUAAUAACGGAUCAGGAUCAGGCGAUGAAGACUGCAAUAAAGGAAGCUCUUCCGAGAACGAGGCACAGGUUCUGCUUGUGGCAUAUUAGGAAGAACCUGAAGGAAAAUAAUGCAGCAGUGUUUGCGCAACACCCAGGGAUGUCUGAUGAUUUAUUUCGAAUCGUCAAAAACUCACUAGAUCAAGACGAGUUUGAGCGUGCGUGGAAAGCAGCAAUUUCUGUGCACAAGGCGGAAGGCAACAAACACCUAAACACGCUAUGGGAACUCCGAAAUUUCUGGGUGCCGGCAUACUUCAAGGACUGCUUCUAUCCUUUCUCGUCAACAACCACUUACAGUGAGAGCACGGAUUCGAUGUGGAAGAAUUACGUCGACCACAGGGACACAAUAAAAAGGUUUGUUGAUGGGUAUCACAUGAUUCAUCAAAAUUGCCUCGCCACGCUUGACAAGAAAAGACACCGAACAGAAGAGAAGGCGCCCUCACUAGAGACAGGUUUUCCGAUUGAAAGACAAGCAAGUCAAGUAUACACGAAUGAAAUUUUCAGGAAAUUCCAGCUGGAGCUACGGAACCGGACUUACUUCAAGUGCUCUGAUCUAGCAAAGGGGAGGCAGUAUUAUUUUUAA